AACGCGUUGGCCAACGGGGUCAAUGCCAUGGCCAGUGGGGUCAACGCGGCCAAUGGGGUCAACGCAGCACCCAAUGCGGUCAAUGCCAUGGCCAGUGGGGUCAACUCAGCCAAUGGGGUCAACGUGGUGGCCAGUGGGGCCAACGGGGUCAACGCGGUGGGUAACGGGGUCAACGCGGCCAACGGGGUCAACGUGGUGACCAGUGGGGUCAACGUGGCGCCCAACAGGGUCAAUGCCAUGGCCAGUGGGGUCAAUGGGGUCAACGCAGCGCCCAACGGGGUCAACUCAGCCAAUGGGGUCAACGUGGCCCACAAUGGGGGCAACGCGUUGGCCAACGGGGUCAACUCAGCCAACGGGGUCAACGUGGUGACCAGUGGGGUCAAUGUAGUGGCCAGUGGGGUCAAUGCGGCCAAUGGGGUCAACGCGGCACCCAACGGGGUCAACGUGGCCCCCAAUGGGGUCAACGCGUUGGCCAACGGGGUCAACACAGCCAAUGGGGUCAACGCGGUGCCCAACGAGGUCAACACGGCCAAUAGAAUCAACGUGGCGCCCAGCAGGGUCAACACGGCACCCGUUGGGGUCAACGCGGCGGGCAGUGGGGUCAGCGCGGCCAACGGGGUCAACGCGUUGGGUCAUGGGGUCAAUGCGGUGGCCAAUGGGGCCAACGCGGCCAACGGGGUCAACGUGUCACCCAACGGGGUCAACACAGCGGCCAAUGGGGUCAAUGGGGUCAACGCGUUGGCCAACGGCGUCAACGUGUCACCCAAUGGGGCCAACGUGGCCCCCAGUGGGGUCAACAUAGUGGCCAGUGGGGUCAACACAGCCAAUGGGGUCAACAUGUUGGCCAACGGGGUCAACGCAACCACCGGGGUCAGCGCAGUGUCCAGUGGGGUCAACGUGGUGGUCAGUGGGGUCACCACGGCACUCAACGGGGUCAACGCGGCCAACGGGGUCACCCUGGCACCCAACGGGCUCAACGUGCUGGCCAACAUCAGCGGGGCCAACGCCUUGACCGUGGUGGCCGGUGGGGUGGGCGUGGUGCCCGCCGGGGUGGGCGUGGCCCCGGGGCUGGGCGUGGCCCCGGGGCUGGGCGUGGCCCCGGGGCUGGGCGUGGCCGGACGGCGCAGUGAGGCCGGGACAGCCGGCACAGGUGGGAAAGGGCAAAUUCCGACCCAAAACGGCUCCAAAACGGCCGAAAUCCGUCAGUAA